AAAAAAGGAGUAAAAUACAGCAGCCGAGCCUGAGGAAACAAGGAUAUGUCCGCUAGAUUCAAGGAUAUAUGAAAUAAUACAGGUUGGAUACAGCGGAACGACAAGUGGACAUUAACGGAGACGGUAUAACAGCCAUUUAAGUGCCUCGGAUACCCGGACCUACAAGUCAUCUUUUUUUUUGCCGGAGUAGGAAGGAAGAGUCGAGUCGCCGACAGAAACACAUCCAGAGUGAAACCAUGAAUCCCGAAUAUGACUAUCUGUUCAAGCUCCUGCUCAUCGGAGACUCUGGAGUAGGAAAGUCCUGCCUUCUGCUCCGCUUUGCUGAUGACACCUACACAGAGAGCUACAUCAGCACCAUCGGAGUGGACUUCAAGAUCCGCACCAUCGAGCUGGACGGCAAGACCAUCAAACUGCAGAUUUGGGACACUGCAGGUCAGGAGAGGUUUCGUACCAUCACCUCCAGUUACUACCGCGGAGCUCACGGCAUCAUAGUUGUAUAUGAUGUGACAGAUCAGGAGUCUUAUAACAAUGUGAAGCAGUGGCUGCAGGAAAUCGACCGCUACGCCAGUGAAAAUGUCAACAAGCUUCUGGUGGGCAACAAGUGUGACCUGACCACCAAGAAAGUUGUGGACUACACAACAGCUAAGGAAUUUGCUGACUCUCUGGCCAUCCCCUUCCUGGAGACCAGCGCCAAGAACGCCACCAACGUAGAGCAGGCCUUCAUGACCAUGGCAGCCGAGAUCAAGAAGCGCAUGGGCCCCGGAGCCACAGCCGGCGGAGACAAGCCCAACUUAAAAAUCGAGAGCACCCCCGUCAGGCAGUCUGGAGGGGGCUGCUGCUAAAGGACCCCCACCCCCCAUCACCAUCACCAUCACCUCCACCGUCUCCACUCAGAUCUCCCUCUCCUCUCCUUCUGUGUUCCUUCCCAUCAUUGUUUGCCACUUCCCCAGCCCACCAUUCUUUCCAUAACACCUUGUAACCCACACCCACACCCACACCUAGCCCCCUGAUUCCCCUCCACCAUCACCAGCCUGUCUGAAGAGGAGUGAACCAUCAGUGUGUUACUUUAGGAGGGUUCAUUCAGGCCUGUACUCCAAACUACAGAGAGCAACCAGUGUGUGUGUGUGUGUGUGUGUGUGAGGGAAGCAGACAAACACAGACCGAGGCAACUUUUACUUUCUGCCAAGACGACAGAAAGAAAACAGAUAUGGAGGAAGUUUGGUAUUGAUUCAGAGUGGGACGGAGGCAGUGGAAGAUUAGGUUUAGAUACCACUCAGCUUAUCUCUAUACACACACACACACACACACACACACACACACACACACACACACACACACACACACACACACACACACACACACACACACACACACACACACACACACACA